AUGAGUGAUCUUUCAGUGCAACGUUUCCAAAGGCAUUCAUGUUCCGCUUUACCAACAAUGAACAGCAACAAUAGCAAUGCUAGCAGCGGUAGCAGUAGUACAGACAAUGCUGAUAAGACAAACAAACCAUUUCGAAGAUGCAGAACCACUUCUUUUGGUAAAUUAUCACAAUUCCUUCACACUGGCAGUACUGGUUGCUCAGGAUCAAUUCUGUCAGCAUUGCUGGAUUUAUCCACUACAGGAAAAUUAAUGACCAAAAUUGCCAAUACGCAACGUCGUGGUAUGGAAUCAUUGGCUCUAUGGGCACAUAAUACUGGUAAUGCAGCAAUUGAUGAUGUUAUGCAACAAACCAAGCGACUAUAUGAAAUAUUCAUCGAUAAAGAACUACAGUUUGCCUGCGAAUAUACUCACUAUGUGCAACAAUUGCGAAAAAUAGUAGAUGCAGAGCGUAUGGUAAAAGAUGCGGAAGAAAAUGUGAUGAAUUUGAAAGAAAAAGAAAAGAAGUUAAAACGGGAAGUUGGGAAAGGCGUUUCAUUUUUCAGACAGCGUCGCGGUGGCGACCUUUAUUUGCUGAAUCAAAAACUUGAAGAGGUCAGAACUUCGAGAGAACAAGCUGAACAGUCUUUGUCCGUUCUUCGAGCUGAAAUGGAAGUUGUGAAAAUGUUCAGAUUUCGGAAUGGUAUGCAGGGUAUAGCGGAUGCUUACCAAGACUUUGCUCGAAGUUGUCAAGCUAUUUUCAAUUGUCAGCGUGAAAUAAUUGAAAUGGUACCGGCGGUAUCAAAUCAAGAUGUGCGCCAUAUGAUUUACCGUGGAGCACCACUGACUAGAGAUCGAGUGGAGAAUUUGAGAAGAUCUUUGCAACACGAUUUAACAGUGUCGGAAAAUAAUUCAUGGUCUAGUGCCCCGAUAUCAGUGCCAAAACGGCGUAGUGAGCCGAGACAUCAUGUUUAUCAAUCGCAGAUUAACACUCCUCCUCCACCAUAUACGUCUGUCAUGACACCUGAGAAUAGAACCGUUGAUUAUCAAAUAAAUAAUAGUGAUGUUAAAAUGUGCUCUGAUUGUGGAAAACAAUUACCAAAAUGUGAUUUGAAGCAUGCCGUUGAUGAAUGGAAAUUUGUAAAUUGUUUGAAUUGCCCGCUGAUGAAUAUAGUUAAAUGUGCAGAUUAA